AUGAGGCCAAUACUGGCUGUUGAGAGUGGACCAAAUUGCAAAAACCAAAUUGCAGAAUACUUCAGCAUUCAGCAGAAUGCUCUUUCAACUUAUAUUAAAAACAAAGACCAAAUUAAAGCCAGAUUCCUCGCCGGCAUCAUAGAGCCGGAACGUCCAAUUGCUAAGCAACUUGGUGAUUUUGGCCAGUUCUGGCGAAUGGUCUGGCAACAGGAAGUGGAGAAGAUUGUCAUGUUGACCAAUUUGGUAGAGGGUGCGGAAGUCAAAUGCGAGCAAUACUGGCCGCAACAUUAUCAACGUAAAAUAUACGGCGAUAUAGAAGUAGUGUGCACCGUUGACAAACUGUACGCAGAUUUCAUUUGGAGAAAAUUUACGCUUUCUAAGAAUUCCGAAGAAAGAAGUCUCCAUCAUCUUCAGUUCACUAGCUGGCCAGACAAAGACGUCCCUGAUAACGUUACAUCAUUGAUAGAGUUAAGGCAGAGAGUGAACGCCUUGCCGAGUACCUUUAACGGACCAGUGAUUGUGCAUUGCAGUGCUGGUGUAGGAAGAACGGGAACCUACAUUGCUCUGGACAUUCUGACUAAUGAGGGUGAGGCAGAAGGAGCAAUAGACAUCCCGGGAUGUGUUCUCAACAUGCGACAGAACAGACCCAACAUGAUUCAGACAUUGGGGAUUGGCAUGUACUUUCCUUGUGACAAUCAGACAAUAAAGAAGAAUAUGGUUUCCGUACGAUCCUCCACAGGUCAAAGUGAAAUACCCUUUGUAAAAAGAAUGCUUCAUUUUGAACACGAAAUAAAGACCAAAACAGGAGUGAUAAUUCCACACUAUGAAUACUUGGACUGGGAUACAAAACUCAAUCUUCCGAAGUCGGCAGAACACUUUGUUGCCUUUAUCAAGGAAGUGGAAGACGCUUCCAAGUCAUCUCGCCUCAAGGGACCGAUCCUGUUGCAUUGUCUGAACGGUGCUGGAAAGAGCGGCCUUUUAUGUGUUGUCUCGAUAUUACUCGAAAAACUGAUUGAAGACAAUGAAGUCAGUGUGGUCAAUGCGGUGAAGUAUGUCAAAGCUAGAAGACCGCUCGCUGUUCCAAAUAAGGAGCAGUUUUACUUUUGUCACGAGUGUGUUAUCCAUUCCUUGAACGCAACUGAAAACGCUGCGAUAUACAACAUAAGAGGGAAUGCUGCGUAAUACAACAUAAGAGGGAAUGCUGCGUGAUACAAUAUAAGAGGGAAUGCUGCGUGAUACAAUAUAAGAGGAAAUGAAGCCGUUGUCCUAUUUAGAACAAUGACCUCCAUUGACAUUAACACAUAAAUAAACA